AUGUUGUAUUGGCAGGAGAUUUGUGCGAACACGCCCACCACGGCGCACAAGGAGGAGACUGGCAAAAUCCUUAACAACCUCGUGCACCUAACAAACUAUCGUGGAAAGGAUGAAAAGGCCCAGGCGGCAGAUCACCCUGGGCACUUCACGGUGCUCUCCGAUUCUUCUCAUCACAUCAUGAUGGUCGCGAACAUUUGCGAGCCGGAAAUCGAUAGUAUCAAUAGAGCGUUUAGUCGUAUAGAGCAGGCCGACUGGAUCCGGCAGAAGACGUAG